AUUGACAGACUCUAUGAACUAUAAUGGGCCAGUUAUUGCAAUGACUAAUAAUACUAAAAUUCAUCCUCAUCUUGGCUAUUCUACAAAUCACAGAUGUAUUGUUGGGUCUAUUUUUUCUUCUGAUCAAACUCGAGUUGAUAAUUAUGAUGAAGUUAAAACAAUUAUUCAAAAUAUAAUAUCAAAUAAUGCAAUUGCAAAGCAA